AUGGCUCCCUGUCGCCCUACACGAGCUUCUAAAGCCAAGCCCACUAGUACCAGAUCAUCACGGGCACGCAAAGAGAAACAAAGGAGGCGCAAGGCUCGUGAAAAGCGCACCAAGGCUAAAAAUCUCUAUCAACAGCUAAGAAACCAGGUCUCUCGUGACCUUGCCCAACUCCCAAACGGUCUGGAACUUGAGCUACCUGACGAAGAAGAUUUUGUCGGCAUAUCGAGACUUCCCAAGAAAAAAUAUUACUCGAGAAUUGCCAAAGCGCGGAAAGAAUUGAACAAAGAUAAGAAACGAGAAUUACCGACAUAUCUCAAAGCUUCUAAGCCUCAAGUCCCUGAUCCUUAUGACGACAAGCCCCAGCUGUCUUAUUUGAAGCGAGGAGGAUACCAGGAGCAGGAAGAAGAAGAACAAGAAGGCCAGGAGCAAGAAGUCAAUCAGGAGCCGGAAAGAGACUAUGAGCCAUUCAGAUUCAGUCGAAAGCGGGCGCGCAAAGCGCCACCUCCUCCGGAACCCGUUACUUUCAUGGACAUGCCGCGAGAGAUUCGAAUGGAGAUCUACCGCCACUUGCUCACUGCCGCAAAGCCAAUCCCCGUCCACGGAGGAUGGAAACAAGUCUACUGGACGAAAGACCUGCAGAUAUCGACUGCCAUCCUCAGGACGUGCAAGAUUGUGCACGAAGAGGCGAGUGUGGUGCUCUACGGGGCGAAUACUUUCUUGUACCGCCUCCGUGACGCAAACUUCAACGGGGAUUACAUUGAUAAUCUAGCGACUGACGACGAACCGGUCGGGCGUGAUGGAGACGAGAGCGAGUCUGAGUACGAGGACGACCUUGAGGAGGAUGAUGAGGAUGACGAAGAUGGCCCUGUCGAGCCCGACAGGGAGUGCAGCAUAAACAUUGAAAGAUAUGCGCAUCUGUUCCGACACAUCACCAUCGAAGCCGAAGCAAAUCGAUACUCGGAUAUUACCCAGAAUAGCAUGGUUGCCGCGAUGGAUGUGUUCCGCAAACCCGAUCAAGGCGGACCAGCCGAGACAUCUCGCAGCAUUCACACUCUGACCGUCUGUAUCAUGCCGCUCUUGCAUCAACAAGAAGACCAACCUUCUCAAAAGCGUUUCACCUUUGUCGACUUCUUCCUCCCCAAAAGUCCCGUCAUCCAAGCCAUCAAAGCCGUCGACUGCCAAGUUCUCCACGUCGACAUUCUCACCCGACACGCGAGCAGACGAUCCGCCCAAGUCACCGUCAAAGGCACCGGCUCGUGCCGUCUCACCAUCAACAGACGCCACGAACAGGCCAUGAACUAUUUCCAAGGAGAGGCAGCUGGCGACAAGGCGGUGCGGAGGCGCACGGUGGAGAUGGCCAAGAGGAGUGUCGAGGCGAUUGAUACUUUGGCGAAACACAUUGAGGAGCAGUGCAACAGAAGACAUUUUGAUCAGGAUACGACGAUGGCUAUGGAUGUUGAUUCGCCUGAUUGGCUGAAUGUUGAUCAGGAUGACGAACAUCAUGAUGAGGACAUUUGGGGUGGAGGGUAUUAG